AUGAAACGGCAAAAAGCUGCCUUCAGGAAAGCGGCGGAAUUGUGGAUGAACGACACGUGUAUUGACUUCAUAGAAGACCAUGACGAAGAAGCUGAGGACCUUCUUCUUGUGUUCAGCGAAUAUGGAUGUUGGGCAGAGGUUGGCAGGCAGGAAGGGAUGGCAAUUACUCUCACUCGGCAAAGGCUGUGA